UGCAUCCGCAACGUGAUUGGAUUCCUGAAGAACCGCGGCUUUUUUAUUUAUAACAGUCCUGCUGUGCAAAGCCAACGUGAAAGUCACGAAGAUAAGGAAGUUAUGAUCCGACAGAAAGAUAUCGAUUGUGUGAGGAAAGAAAUUGGGACCCAGACAGAACCAGAGAUGGCGGCUUGUCAGCCUAAGAGUUCUGAAGACCCUGAACCACAACCAAUACCGGCCAUGAUCAAUGACUUGGACACAAAAGAAGAGAGAGAACGACAAGAGCGAAACCAAGGAGAGGAAGAAGAGCAAAAAGAAGAAGAAAAUGGCGCAACAGCGACAGUCUCAGAGAAAGAUAAAUGUUCGGCAGAGGAUAUGCGGAAACCAAGUGAACUGGAAUCCAUCCUUCGUAUUGCAGAACCCGCUUUCAAAUCUGCUUUAUAUAAGGCAGAAAAUGAGGAUGAACUGAGUGAGAAUGAAAACGUAACUAUUGUGAAUUAUCUGGAGUGUCUGGUGGUUUUGAGGAAGCUGCAGCGACCUGGAGUGGUGCAGAAUCUGACAGUAGAUGAAUGGGAAAGAAGAAUUCCUCAUCGUGGAACUCAUGUAGUCAUACCGGUGCAGGAACAUAAAAUGGCGGCCAAUCCAUUAGCUGUGCUAGUAUUGACUGUAGAAGAGGAAACGUGGUUUGAUAUCUAUAUUAACAGGGUCAGACCGACAUUUCUACAGGGGAAGAAUGAAAUACAGAACUUUUUUAUCUCCUCUUCUGGUGAAAAGAUUCACAAUGUAUCACAAGAUAUCGCAAGAUUUCAUUACAAAUUUGGAUUGAAAUCAGUGACCAGUGAAAUGGUCAGAAGGAAUGCCGAAACCUUUGUGUUCUCAAAAUGCAAAGAUAUCAACGAGAGGAAUAUAUUUAUAAAAUAUCUGUCACAAUCUAAUCACACGGCUGAACGUGUCUAUCGGGAGAAGAUUAUGGACGACACGGUGAAAGCAUCAGAGACGCCGAUGCUACACGAGAGCAAAGAUAAUCCAACCACCUCCAAAACUGAAGCAGUGGAAAAACCUACAACCUCUCCUGUUAUAAGAUCAAAAAAGGACGAGUUUGAAAAAUUCAUAGAAAAGUAUCCGGUCAAUGUGGAGACGGACCCUCCCCCUCAUAAAAUAUGCCUUGCGGAGUCUGCGGUCCAUGGGCAACAUUUAUAUGACAGGUGGAGGAAAUUGCAGAACAGGAUGCGAGUGCAGUAUAUAAUCGGAUUGCUUCAGAAUGAUCGGCCAAGUGAAGAUCGGGUGAGGAAAUGCAUUGGACUGCAGCUAUGGGAGAACAACUUACCAAGGGUCAGAGACAUUUUACAGCAAUGGAAGAAAAAGUGAUUUCACUGGAAACAGCGACAUUUGUGUUUUUAUUUGAUGUUGUUCGGCGCGAUGGGGUUUGCGGAAUAAAUAUAAUGUUAUUAUUUUUUGGGACU